AGGCACUUCCUGCUAUCUAUUCAUUCGCAAUACUUGCUCAAUAUGUGUUCUAGCAGCUCUCGCGUGCCUGCAUUCGCCAUGGGGAAUCCAGCUGCGGUAUCCAUCGCUGCUCAAAAACCUAACACCAUUUCCGUGCAAGGCUUCAAGAUCACUACAGAAAAGCGGCCGAUACUAAAAGCUGAGCCGAUUGACGACAUGACAAAAAGGCUAGGAAUUGCACCGCCAGAAAUGAUCUUCGGUGACAACUUUGUCACAAUUCAGCAUGAGAAAAGCCGCUGGGAAAUCAACUUCAACGCGUAUGACGCCCUGGAUCGCGUGGACAAAACUGGUGCAUCGAUGCUCAAAGUCGCUUAUUCGAAAGAGUGGCAGAGAAGCAGAGAAAAGACACAUGAGGGCAUCAAGGAGGUUGUAAAGCCCUUUGACUGGUCCUACACCACAGACUAUACGGGCACCGUUCAGGCUAAUGGUCGGUCAUUUGAACCAACGACAAGAUCCAUCCCCUUAGAACUAUUAAAACGACCGGAUCCCAUACUCUUUUUUGAUGAGGUCAUAUUAUACGAAGACGAACUCGCUGAUAACGGCAUCACUAUGCUAUCCUGUAAAAUUCGCGUUAUGCCAGCCAGGCUACUGUUACUAUCGAGAUUCUUCCUACGACUCGACAAUGUUCUGUUUCGGCUUAGGGAUACGAGGGUAUAUAUCGACUUCGAGAACUUGGAGGUGAUCAGAGAGUUCCAGUCCAAGGAAUUAGACUAUGAAACAGUUCGACAGACUCUAGCGACAACGAGAGAUGAUGUUCCCGCCGCUAUGCGUGACCCUAAUAGGCUUUCGGAGAUUCUUCCUCUUCGCGAAAAGCGUUUAGAACGAGUCACUCUAGGGGAUUAGAAAAGGCAACUAUGAGAUGAUAGUAAAAUCCUAUUUAUCCUCAACAUUGCGCACUUUCACAUAGGGUGCGCCGGAAAGGACAUAACAAGGACCAAAGGGACUAUUAUCUUAGCACUCUUUGACUAGCUCGGCCAUCGCUGUCUCGUUUUACAACGGCCCUUACCAGGCAGGCCCUCUGUGACAGGAUACUGUGACUCUUAGCACCACAUAUCAAUUGUCAGACUUGCUUGUAUCGGAGCUGGCUAAUUGGAUAGUACGCUAACUUCACAUUGGUCUCAGCACCCUGCCGAUCCUCUUCAUGAAGGCAUGCGAUUCAAGCUACCUCAGAUUCGACAAUUUCAUUUACCAUGUCUAUGAUCAGGGGAUGAAUAGCGUCUCUAUGAUAAUGUGGUCCAUGCGUAAUUGGACUCGACCAUUUAUUACUACCUACAUAGAGGUUCUAGUAGCCGUAUCCAAUCAGGAAGAGUCGUGUUAUCAUUAUACUGCAGCAAACAAUGCAAACGCAGCUUACUCAU